AAUUUUACGUAACGCUCCUCACAAGUCACAAUGCUACGAAUAUAUCAUCGUAUAAAAACCAUUUUAACUGAAUUAGAGGAAUCUUGAAUAGGAACGCUUGCACAUGAUUAUUCCCUUUUUAACUCUGAGAGUCUGAACCUGACAUGCUGAUGCAAAAUUUGUCUUUAAACACACCACACCUUUUCGCAGUUUUCACUUCAGCCAAACUCAUCUCUCUUUGUUUCUUUCUCUUUCUUUCCCUCCUCACAAGUUUGUGAAGAUUCUUCCCCGCGAUUUCACUCUGCAAUUCAAUGCAACACUUUCCAUGCCCUCUUGAAAAUUUUCAACAAGCACCCCUUUGAAAGGUUGGCUUCAAAGGCCGGUAUUAUUAUUUAAAUAAAAGACACUAUGGUAGCCAAAAUCAGGCAAAGUGCUGCUAACUCUCCAAAUCCAACAAAACCAGUGGUUGGAGAGAUUGACACCAGUCCACCUUUUCAAUCUGUUAAAGAUGCUGUUUCUCUAUUUGGUGAAGGUGCUUUCUCUGGUGAAACACCUCCCAAUGCUCCCAUUAAGAAGGCCAAAUCUUAUUUUGCUGAGAGUGUUUGGGCAAAGGAGAGACAACUUCACUUAGCCCAGAAAGAUCUGAAAAAAUUAAAGGAACAACUAAAGAAUGCAGAAACUACCAAAGCUCAAGUCCUGGUGGAGCUUGAAAAGGCUAAAAGAGUGGUUGAGGAUCUCUCACAAAAGCUUAAAGUUCUCAGUGAAUCCAGAGAAUCAGCAAUUCAGGCAACGGAAGCUUCAAAAAGUCAAGCAAAACAGCUUAAAGAAGAAAAAUGUGGUGAUCCUGAUGGAACCAAUCAUGCUUGGAAAGAAGAGUUAGAAACUGCCGUUAAUAAUUUUGCAUCUGUAAUUACAGAACUUGAUGUUGCAAAGCAAGAACUGAGUAAAAUUCGUCAGGGGUAUGAUUUAUCCUUGGAAGCAAGAGUUUCUGCUCUCAAGCAAACAGCAGAAGCUGAAGAUGCAAUGAAGGCAAACAUGGAAAGAGCAUGUGAGGUAUCUAAAGAAAUUUUGGUUGUGCAGGAAUCAGUUGAGAAAAUGAAUGCUGAAUCUGUCCAAGCACAUCAACUGCAAGAAGAGACAUUAGCCGGACAAAAAGUUCUUAGACAAUCAUAUGAAGCCAUCCUUGAAGAAUCAAAAAAGAAGUUGCUUGAUUUAAAGAAGGAAUUUAAUCCAGAGCUUAUAAAAAAUCUUGAAGUGCAGCUCACUGAGACAAUGAUUGAAAUUGGGGUUUUGCAAAAGCAAAUUGAAAACAAAAAGACAUCAGACUUGGACUCUUUGAGAAGUGUCACUCAGGAUCUUGGUGAUGCUAAGGAAUCACUGCAGAGAGUAACAGGACAGGAAGACACCCUUAGAAGCAUGGUGGAAGCUCUUGGGAUGGAGCUGGAGAAUGUAAAAAGAGAACACUCUGAAUUGAAGGAGAAAGAAUCCAAAACUGAAUCCAUUGUUGAGAAUCUGCAGGUAGAGCUCUGGAAAAGCGAGUUUGAACUUGAAGCCUACUUGGCAGGAGAAUCUAAAGCUAGAGGCGCAUCAGAGGAAAUGAUCUUGACAUUGAAACAGUUGUUUUCUGAAACUGAAAAUGCAAGGAGGGAAAUAGAAGAUAUGAAAAAUGAGACUGCAGAAUUGAAGAUGGAAGCUGCAGUCACUAAACUUGUGUUAGAAGAUGCAGAAACAAAGCUUAGAGUAGCGGUGGAAGAAGUGGAAGCAGCUAAUGCAGCAGAGGCAAGUGCUCUUGAUCAGAUUAAGGUCUUAUCUAUGAGAACUAGUCCUUCUCAUUCAUCACCUUCUGAACCUGGUGCAAGAAUUACAAUCUCAAGAGAGGAGUUUGAAUCCUUAGUUCAUAAGGUUGAGGAGUCUGAUAAAUUAGCAGAUAUCAAAGUGGCUGCUGCCACAGCACAGGUUGAAGCUGCAAAGGCCAGCGAAAAUGAAGUUCUAAAGAGGUUAGAGGAAACUCAAAAGGAAAUUGAGGAUAUGAAGAGUGAAACACAGGCAGCGUUGAAAAGGGCUGAAAUGGCUGAAGCAGCAAAGAGGGCUGUGGAGGGUGAGCUCAGAAAGUGGCGCGAACGAGAGCAGAAGAAAGCAGCAGAAGCUGCAUCUCAAAUAUUGGCUGAGACACUGAUAUCCCCAGAACUAUCUCCUCAGCACUAUAGGAUUCAAAUUCAGAAUUCACCUCCAAACAGGGUGGAGAUGAAGAAGUUAGAAAAGGGGAAGGUGUCAGUUUCAAAGAAAGUUCUCUUGCAUAAUAUCAGUGGCAUCUUUCACAGGAAAAGGAACCAUGUUGAGGGAGAAUCUUCUUCUUAGCUUCCCUGGGAGAAUCAUGUAUGAAAGAUCUCUUGCUUAAUUACAGUUUUGUCCAGCUCAUGAAUGUGAGAGAUACAUACUGGUUUGUGUGAAAGUUGAAACUACUGCGAUCAGAUUUUUGUCAUCAUAGCAUGAGGGACAAGAAUUUUGAAAUGUCAAUAGUUUGGUCACAAGUAUUUUAUUAAUGAAACUUUAGUAUAUUAUUGUAUAUUGCUACUUAACAUGCUAGUAUGAUGAAAUAUUUUGUGGC